CUAUACCUAUUAUUAAAGGAAGGAGAAGCUUUUUCCCUUUAACCCCCUCUCUUCCCUCCCUUUAACACCCGAGGCCCUCUUCUCUUCAGAAUUUGGACUGCGGGUUGAUUUCACGAAAUGUCAGGACCUUUUUUGCAAGAUUAGGGUGACGUAUGAAAAUCGUGGCAGAGAUGUUGCUUACUUUAAUAAUAGGUAUAGAUAUAAAAGAGCGGUUGUUUCUUCUAACCGUCACGAUCGUUUUGCAAAAAAAACCCCUUAACUUUUUUUUAAUCAAACCCAUAGUCGUUGGAGUAGUUCUUCAUGAUUUUGCAAAAAAAAAGCCCCGCGGGCCGCCUCCUCAUCCUCCAUCUGGAUCUGGCAUGGUGCACCGGCUAUUCUCCCAUGCCGCCGCCGCUGGCACCACACCCUGGCUGCCUGCUAGCGCAAGCCACUCUUGCCUCGCCGGCAGCUGCGCACAACCCCAGUCCCAAGCUGCCUACGGUGCGCGACCGCCCUCCCUUGCCGGCGACCCCGCGUGCCUCCGCUCGCGGCGGGCUUCUGCCCUUGUGCUCCUGUGGCCAAUAGGCCAAGCCUGUUGGCCAAGCAGUGGUCACCCCUCCGGGAACAGCGGCUGCCUCUCCCUCCGUCGAGCAGCAGGGGCCGCUGCCUAACUGCCUCCUCUCUCAAGCAGCAAUCUACAGAUUGAGCUUCUCUGGCGCUUGGCCUGAGGAAUAGCAUGGGAUGCACUGUUGUGGCUUGGAUGCUUUAUCUGAUUUGGGGAAAAAUGGAGAUUAGAGGCAAGAUCUAGCACGUGAGUUGCUGCUACUAGCCUGAUGCUGCUCUCUUUAUGGUGAUACUGCCAUUACUGAAAGAAGAUUUCACACUGGCAAAAUUCAGAUAAAUAUGAAGUAUCUUCACAUAUGACAAAAGAAUAAUUGUAUACUACAGUUUCUCUUGUUGCAGAUACCUUAAGCAAAACCGGCUGUAGAAGAGGAUGACCUCAACAGCAGCUAAUGCAAAAGCAACAAAUUAGGCUGAUUCGCUGAAGCUAAAGCUGACCUAUAAAAGUGAUGAACGCACUGUUACAAGGCUUCUGGAUACUAGAAAUCUAUAUAUGUUAGAUUGUGUAUAUGUAUGUAUGGAACAUGGAAGGGUGUAAUAAAUAUGUUUUGUAAAGCUAAUACUUUGUUGCAAUAAAAAUACUUUUAUUAACGCUAAUGAUAUGGAUUUGGAUUAAAAAUGGGCUAGGCUGAAUGGAUUGGGCCUACAAACGAGAAUAAAAAGUUAGGUCACCCCAAUACCAAAAAUAUCAUAAUACAACAGGUAAUUUUAUUCUGUUAGUUGUUUUGCACCAUCAAGGAAUGAGAGCUCUGUUGCGGAUGGGUAGGGAAGAAGAGAAAAAAGGAAAAUGAAGACAAGAACCAAUUGGUGGGAGACUGCGGAAGGCAUCACUGAUGAAUUGCAUACAAGCUUGGUGAAGCCUACCGAACAACAACGUUCAAAGAAGCAAAGCCAAGGCUAACGAGGAUGGAUAUAUGCAAGUGUGAGCUUCGUGAGAAACUAUGAACGUCAGUCGCCACUGUCGAUAAGAGAGGAUAUAUGUAGGGGUGCAUCGCUGAUGAUAUAUAGAGGCUCCCAUUGCAACGCACGGGCAUAUUUGCUAUAAAAGAAACAAACGCCAAAGAUAAAAAAAAUGAAGGAAGAAAAAAAAAUAUAUUCAAUAAUUUAGCAAUUCUAUUUGGCCUAAUUGAAAAUUGACAAACAACAUCAAAUUAUCACCCAAAUUUUGCGCCAUGUGUAUUGGGAUGUGCGAUGCUUUUUUCCUCCCGUGCAACGCACAGGCAUAUUUCCUAGUAAGUAAUAACAUUGCAAUCCCAGUCCAAAUGAACAAGUCUAGUUAAAACCACGUAAAGCAAUCCAAACCCAAUCCAAGUCCAGUUAAAACCACGUAAAACAAUCCAAGUCCAAUACAAACUGUCUAAUAUCCAAUCCAAUUCAAAAAAAAUUUAAAUACAAUCCAUAUAUGUUUGUUGGCAGGGCGAAGCUUGGAGGUAGACAUGAGCAUUUUGCGGGCUGGGCUGGUAAAAAGUCCGGUUCAUUUUGGGCUGAAAAUUUGUGCUCACGAACAUCCCAUGGAUGUUGUCAGGCCGAGUUUUUGGGCUGGGUUCGGGCUGGGCUUAGAUCAGGCCUUCUUUUUUAGUUGAAAAAUAAAUAAAAUUAAUUGCUUGGGUGGCUCGGGCCAGCCCGAUUUUUUUUUGAGCUUGAUUUUCGUUGAACAUGCCCGACUCGACAGCUAACGUGAGCGUGCCAAAACCCAUCAGGAUCGGGUUGGGCUUAAAAUGCUCGGGUCUAUUUGGUCAUGCAUGCCGACCGCCCAAUCCAUCUCUGUGUAUGAUCUAGUGCGGCUCGCUCCACAUCGGCUCGACUUCGCCGACGUCGAGUCUCAGCUGCCCCAUUAAAUACAGUCCAUAUAUGUUUGUUGGCAGGGCGAAGGUUGGAGGUUGGUCAUGGCCAAAGCUUGCGUACCAAAUCUGUUAGGUUGCGCCCCCACCCCUUUGGAAGCGUCUCCAACCUCUGCCAAUUGUCAUAGGUCCAAUAAUAAUCCCAAAAGUUUAGUAUUUAAAAUUUAACAUGGCACGCACUCCAUAUAAAAUCCUUAAAUAUAUUCGUAUCAAUCUUUCCCAAAUCAAGUUUAACAUAACGUUGAAGCAUGUUUAAAUGUAAAAAUUGGAACCUACUCCUUUUGUUCCAAAGUGUAAGUCGUUUUACCUUUUCUAGAUGCUACACACCUAAAUAUAGACUUACGGAGUAUGUCUAGAUACAUAGCUGAGCCUAUAUAUCUAGAAAAGCUAAAAUGAUUAAUAUUUUGAAACGGAGGUAGUAAUAGAUAUGAUUAGUUAUACAUAUUAGAACAAAGAAACACAUAAAAAUAAAAGGAAAAUUAGUCAGCUGCGUAUCUUUACUUGAAAAGCAUCAUUCUUUUUAUAUUGUUUGAAAGAAAAUCCUCAACUUCAUAUCAAUCUUCUCUAGCGUGCCACUCUAAGUGCCCACCAUGGCUAAUGGCUAGAUUAAUGUUGAAUCACAUUUUAUGAACAUAUGGAAUUAGGUUUCGUAAAUUUUUAAAUCAAUUUUAACAAAGCUUUGAAGCAUGUAUACAUGUAAAAGUCAGGAUCUAAUACAUAUGAUAAGUUAUACAUAUGUGCUAUGUGAAACACAUCAAAAUAAAAAAGAAAAUUAAUUAGCUGCACACAUAUGUGCUAUGUGAUCAACAAAUGAUGCUGGCUGGUUGGCUUGCAUCCCCACCUAAUAUGAGUCGUCCAUCUGCUGUGACACGAAUUUUAAACAUACGCAUGAGUUUAAAAUCUUUGGAAGAUCGACAAGAUUUCAUGCCUCUCUGACCUGUAGCUUAUGGGCUGAGAUUUGGCAGCCACAAUUGUUAAGUGGGCUUUUCAAGGGGAUUACGGGCCUUUAGGCCCAAGAGACACGGGUCGGAGAGAUGGAGACAGAGCGGCGCGCUGCUGCUCUGAUCGGAUUCCUGCCGGCCAUGGCCGAGCUCCUGGAGCCUCAGGCCAGCGGAGCAGGAGCAAGUGGAGGAGACUGGAACGUGUCGGAAUCGGUCGCCUGGGGUAUGAGGAGCUCGUCUGCAGUGGAAACGGAGCACCGGGUCGGCGGCGGCGGCGGAAACAUGACGGGCAGCAACGGCGAGAUCCGCAACGGCGCGGAGCCAGCGAAGCGGAAGGCCACGCGCUCGGCCGGCGAGAGCCUAGGCCUCGCAGCGACACCGCGGUGCUGGGGCGCGCCGCAGCGGCAACCAGAGGGCACCAGCGGCAGAGGAUAUGAGGAAAGGCGCCGCUGAAUCAGGUGCGUCUCCCGCCGGAUCCACCCAUUCCCCCAUGUUGGCCGUGGCCUACCUCUUUCCGCCCUCUCGCCGCAAAGGGAUUCAUCAACCCUAGCGCCGCCUGCUUAAGGGGCCCUUACAAAGACUUCAACAUUGGCGUCAUAUACUAGAAAUUGCCACUGACAAGCGCCCAAGGUUUUUCCAAGUUCCUUGUCCACUGCUGACCAAGACUCGUAAAAAGGAACUUCCAAGUUUUUGUAUUGUUUUAUCUACAAGACCAAGACAUUCCAAAAUAUUCUCAAGUUGCGUCUCACUUUCUUUUCCUGUGGUUAGUCAUCACACAUGCAUUCGCACCGAUCUUCAUUUGAUUUUCCACAACAAGUCAAAUAAUUCUUCCUGAAAUCCUGAGGGACCUGCCUGCCUACCUCUUUUUCCCUUGGUAAGACCAGACCCUCCACAUCCCUCCUCAUUGGCUUGCAUACCUUGUUUUCUCCCCGUCGAAGCCUUUGCUAUCCCUGAAUUCUCUCUAAGUUCUCAUCAUGCCCCUCACUGUAUGAUUUUACCCUCGAGAUAUCCCUACAUACAGAGGAUAGCUGCCCAUGUGAUCCAGUCAAAGGGAAGGGAUACUACAGAUCCUUGAAUCCCGAUGGCGGAGAUCGUCAGUUCUGCAGUUGUCAACGAGACAGUUAGCCAAAUCCUAUCUAGUCUGGUUCAAAAUUAUGGGGAUAAAGAGGAAUCUAAUGCGAACAGAAACUUGGAGAGGCUAGAGAUGGCAAACAUCAGGCUAGAGGCUGCUCUUGAGGUGUCAGGAAAGUGGCAGAUCACUGAUGCAUCCUUGUUGCGUUGGCGCAGGAAGCUGAAGCGUGCUGCCCAAGAGUGCGAUGACACGCUGCACAAAUGCAAACAGAGGAUCCUGGAAGAUGUAGAGACAGAAAAGAGGGUGAGGAAUUCCUCAUUUCCUGUGCGUAUGGCACAUACUACUAAGUCAUUUGUCUUCUCCGUCAUCAGCUUCAACAAAGAUGAGUCGAACAGUUCCAUUGCUCGAAGAUUUGAGUGGUUAGCAGAUGGGGCUAGAGAGUUUCUGAGAUUAGUAGAGCUUGGUGGUACGCCACGUUGUCACAUGCCCUUUGACCCUCUUAUCAUGCACCUUCUUGCAUGCAAGAAACUACAGCACAGAAUCAUUCGAGCAAACAAGUGCCCUUUGUUUCUACAGUUGGUGCCCUAUAUAACUUCAGAUCAUGGAAUAGAGGCUAGACUCAUCUUCAUUCGGACAGAUGGUAAUGUUUCAGAAGAUGACUUUUUCCUUUCUUUAAUGCUACAGCUUUCAGAGAGUACAGACAUAGUAGGGACUGCAAUUAAGUGCCUACAGCUGUAUGGCCCUAUUUUCAAGUCUACAGUUGAAACCAUUACGAAAGAACUUAUGCAACUACCUACAGAACACUUCUCAUGGGUGCCAGUUGUUGAUACACACCACAAAGAACAUUGGGACAAUCUUCACAACUUUGGCACUGAUUGGUUUCGCCCAAACCCGUUAUGUUGCAAGCAGAAUGUUCAGCACAAGCUCUAUCACGGUACGGAGUUAAACAAGUCAAGAUUACUAGGUGCCUUUCUAGAACCAGUUAUUGAAGUACAUCUGCAGUGCUAUGUCUCGCUCUCAGAGUGCAUCCAACAUAGGUCCUUAUUGUUUGAAACCAAAAAUUCUGUACAAGAUUCUCCAUAUCUGAAAGUUGGAGUCCUUUUGACGCCCCAUGGGCAUUUAGAAGACAUUCUACUUGUAGAUAGGAGUCCUGCAAUACCGGCAAUCUACAGUGAGGAGCAGCAUUCCUUGCAUGUGAACUUCACCUUGGGGCAACUUGAAGAGAUCAUGCUGCCAAAGGCAAUAGAUUACUUCUGCAAGAAUGACGAAGCGACAGUCUACCAAAUGCUUUGGAAAUUAAAACACGGUGCUUCAUACAUUAUGAUUGAGAAGGCAAGCAUGAGCUCACAGAGAACAAGCAUGCGGCCAUGGAGAACUUUUCAGGGACCUAGGGAAGGAAAGAUGUUGCUAUGCCAUGACCAAGAGAUAGGGAGACGGACAAAUGUGAUCUUUCAAUUCCUCAACCUGUGGUUUGUACAUGCGCCUGUCCAGCUGCGAGGGACGAUUGUGGAUUGGAUUCAGAAAGAAAAGGAAAGUCGGUGCAUAGCUAGCCAGCUACAUCUGAACUUCUAAAUCAUCUAACGUGGAUGGAUAAGGGAAAUGAGGAAUAAAAGACUGGAAAUGGGAUGUUCUAGGGAACACAUCAAAUAUUUGCUAUGGCUAUGACAAGCAUAAAAUUAAAAUCCUAUAUCGACGGAGCAGUGUAAUGCCCGGUUGUGACUGAGAAGGCGCAGCGCUAGGAGUACAUCUUCAGGAGUGAGUGGUGUGUUUUGUAUGCAUGUGUGACAUACAGGUAGGGCCGGGCUGUCAGCCUGUGUGUGGGGUAUUAAGUGUGUCGGAUGGGUAACAAUUGUAAUCAGUAUUGAGGCCUUGUUUAGUUGCCCAACUUUGGGGUGUUAAAAUUACUGUAGCAACACUGUAGCGUUUCGUUUGUAUUUGUGAAUUAUUGUCCAAAUAUUGACUAA